AUGUACCGAUACCUGCCUCUUGAUGAGAAUCUUAAACAGAUCAGGCUCUUUCGGUCCACAGAGCCUCUCAACAUGGAAAGUAAGAUUCUGGAUAUCGAGACACUGGCUGGUUCUACAAAGAUGAAGUACACGCCGACUCCGUGGGCACAAGGCUCUUUGCCUAUAAGCAUGGAGACAUUCUCUCUGCUUCAAAUGCCUCCCUUCACAGCGAUAUCUUAUGUGUGGGGCUCUCCUGAGAGAGAACAUACAAUAUCAUGCUCGGGUCAAUCUCUCAGGGUCACGAAGAAUCUCAAAGACGCUCUGCAAAUUCUCACUUUUCGACCUGGAUGGUUCUGGGCCGAUGCUAUAUGUAUUGACCAGGAGAAUAUCCCAGAACGAAAUAGUCAGGUGCAGCUUAUGAAAGAAAUCUAUUCCUCCGCGUCUGAAGUGGUCGCACAUGUAGGGCAGCCAGCUAGAUACGAGGGCGUUUUGACGACACUAGCAUUGGAUGAAGCGAUUCACUUUUUGAAUGAGGUCAACGGCGGACGGCUCGUCGAUGAAACAGAAAUACGCAAAAAUCGGAACCAGUUCAACCGUGCUUUCACGGACCUUCUUUCGAGCCCCUGGUUUUCUCGAGCAUGGAUCAUGCAAGAAGCAGUCCUCAACAAGAAUUUCAACAUCUGGUACGGGAAUGCCAGCUUUUCACUGCUUCAUCUGCAGGACUUCGUCUUGCUGGUACAGAGAGAGAGUGCCACUUGGAAUUUGAACUCCUGGCAAUCUGACGAUGGCAAGUCUGGUGUGAUAGCUGAUGACACAGCUAGGGCAUCUGGAUCAUCGCCAACAACCCGGGAUGAAGGCAGACUCAGACGUAAUUUUCUUCAAGUCGAUUCGAUGAUGCGCAUGUCUGCGUACUUGAAGAAGGGUAGUGUUCCGCCCGUGCGCGCCUUGAUGCUGGGUCGGAAUGCCGAUGCAAGUGAUCCUAGAGAUAAGGUAUACUCGAUCAUGGGUCUUGUCGAUGAUGAUUUUUCCAAAUUCAUGGCGCCUGAUUAUUCUGCUGCCAAUACGGUGGAAGCGGUGUACAAAAAGGCUGCCAAAUACCUCCUGAGUACUGAGCAUGGCAUGUCAUUACUUGGUCAGGCAGGCUAUUCGCGUGAAGGUCUUCCAUCGUGGGCACCGGAUUGGUCAUCGUUUCAAUUCUCCCCAUUUCCAAGAGCAUAUGCGGCCAGUGGGAAGUCUCCGGGAAAGGUUGAAUUCCAGACGCAAGAUGUCAUAUCUGUUCAUGGCGCCAUCAUCGAUCAAGUCCAAGACACGCUUCCAAAACUCAACUUCUCAUUCGGUGACGAUAUCAAACAGUUUGAUUUUCUAUCGGACGACAACCCAUUGGGAUGCGAUUCGUUCGUCGCGACCCUCUUAUUGGAUAUGAUGUUUACAGACAAAGUAACCAGUUUCUACGAGAAAGAAGCCUACCCCACAGGGGAAAAUUUGAAAGAUGUGAUUUGGAGGUCUCUAACCGCAGACUACAGUUCGAAACUUGACGGUCGGGCAGAAAGAAGCCAGGGAAGACUGGGAUAUGAUGCCUUUGGAAGUCUAUAUCGCGCACCUCAGCAAGGAGGGAGACAACCCAUACCAAAUAUUGAUGAAAGCACAGCAUCUAAAAUUGCAGAGGCGUACCACCUCGAAGCGCUAUUCAUCCAACAUGGAAGGCGUGGAUCAGUGACCAGAGGCCGAUACAUGGCAACACUUCCCGGUACGGCGAUGGAAAACGACGAGAUCGCGAUCGUUUAUGGGGCACAGAUGCCCUUGGUAUUGCGCCCAGUGGGAAAUGAUGCAGAUGGGCGAAGGUACAGGUUAAUUGGGCAGGCCUAUGUUCACGGUAUCAUGGACGGCGAGAUGAUCGAUUUCGAUGAAGAGACCAAAACCUUUGGUGUAAGAGGGAAGCACUCGGAAAUGCUUCGCAUUGUCUAG